CCGACGUUCCCACCCGGUCAGACGGCACCUGUGGUUUUUAACCCGGCACCGACCUCACAAAUGAAUACGCCUUCUCAGCCGCGCCAGCAUUUCUACCAGAACAGGGCGCAGCCUCCUGCCAGCGCGUCCCGCGUGCAGAGUAACACGACGGCCCGGCCUGGCCCCCCUGCCCAUGUGUAUCCAGCUGCUUCCCAGGUGAUGAUGAUACCCUCCCAGAUAUCCUACACACCUUCCCAAGGAGCCUAUUACAUUCCCGGACAGGGUCGCUCCACGUACGUCGUCCCGACCCAGCAGUACCCAGUCCAGCCCGGCGCCCCUAGUUUUUACCCUGGAGCCAGCCCCACAGAGUUCGGGACUUACG